AUGGGAGCAAGAAAGGAGGUGGAGGAAGGUAUAAGGAGAAAGAUAGGAAAUGGGAGGAGCACAAAGGUAUGGGAAGACAAAUGGAUACCUGAAACUCCAAAAGGGCAGCCAACAACAGUAAGGCCACAAAAUUGCAACAUCAGCACUGUGGACCAGUUGAUCUCCAACUUCAGAUGGAAUAGACCAGUGGUUUUCAGUACUUUCAACAGUGAAGAUGCAGGGAAGAUACUGAAGAUUCCUAUAAGCUGGACAGGGAGAGAGGAUAGCAAUUUUUGGAUCCAUAGUGGGAGUGGACAAUAUACUGUGAGAUCUGCAUAUAAGGAAAUGACAAACAAGGAAGUUCAGGAUACCAGUAGCAGGGGAAGUCUGGAUAACCCCAGCGGGAGUUUAGGGGGCAGAAUGGGGUGGAAACAUCUGUGGAACUUGAAUGUCAAACAAAAGAUUAAGGUCUUUAUCUGGAAAUGCAUGAACAAUGCGUUACCAGUUAGAGAACUUAUCUAUGACAGAACUAAGCUGGGUGAGCCUAUAUGUACAGGUUGUGGAGAAGGAGAAGAAACGGUGGAACACCUACUCUUCCACUAUAAGAAUGCAGAACAAGUGUGGAACAUAUCACCGGUACAGUGGGAAGGGGUAGCUGACCAAAGGGGAUGCUUUAGGAGAUGGUGGAGUGCCCUGCUAGGUGCAAGAGCUAGGCAAGGAGGGUUGGAGCACAUAUGCUUGACUGCUAAUAUUUUAUGGCAACUGUGGAAAGCGAGAAAUGAAAGAGUCUUCAAGGAAAAAAACAAGCUACCUUUACAAGUAAUACAAAAGGCUAUGCAAGAAUGGAUGGAACAUCGGGAAGCUAUGGAAGGGAUCAGGGAAGAGAGCAUUACAGAAACUUUUGAUGCUGUGGACGAGUCAGAACACAACACAGUUGAGGGGGAGGGCAUUGAUGUACAAGUAGCUAUUACUGUCAAGAAGGAAAGACAGGUGGUGGGGAUUGGAGUAAUAGCAAAUGACAGCAAUGGUCAGGAAAAAGCUAUAUGGGCUAUGAGAGAGCGGAGCACGGGACAAUGGCUACUGGAUUAUGCAGAAGCUUUAAAGCUGACCAUGGCGAAAGCAAGAGCAAAACAGUGGUCCCAUAUAAGAGUGGGAAUCACAGACCAACAGUUGCUAAGACAACUCAGGUCAGGAAAAGCUAAAGAUAUCAGGUUGUUCGCUCAGGUGGAGGAGAUUGAUAGACUAAGCUCCAUGUUUGUACAAUGCUCCUUUUAUCUGGUUCCAGAUGAACAACAUGAUAGACUUAGACAGAUUAGUUCAUAUGCUACAAGCAUUCCAUUAGAUGAGGAGCGCUAG